AUGACGUGUAAACCCUCGAUUUACAACGGUGAAGUAGAUCUAAUCGCUUGCCAAAGAUGGUUAAGUGAUAUUAAAGGUGUAUUUGAAUGGACUCACGGUGAUCCGAGUGAUUUUGUGGCCUAUGGAACCGGCCAGCUAAGAGGUCAAGCAAAAGAUUGGUUGGAUAACCUCAGGAAUGAAAAAAGGGUUGAAGCUACAUGGGCUAUAACUUGGGAGGAUUUCAAAACACUAUUCCUCAAACAUCAGAGUCCCAAAGCGGAGCGCGAGAUAGAGUUGAAGAAACAGAUUGAAAGGGGAGAAAGGAGAGCAUUUGUUGCUAACCUGAGCCCUACAAAUAAACAAAAUGUAGCUGAGCCUUCAAAGAAAGAAAAUGUGAAAGGGGGUUCUUCGAGUUAUAAAACAUGUGACCGUGCCCAUCGUGGCGAAUGUUAUUUUAAAAACAAGCCGCGUGUUGUAUGCGGAAAGAUGGGGCAUGCGGCUUCAAAUUGCCCCGGUAAAGUAUCGGUGUGCUACAAAUGUUACCAACCGGGUCACAAGAAGUCUGAAUGCCCGGAAUUGGUAGGAAGGAAAGAUACAGCCUACAUAAAGGCGGAAGUCCCAAGGUCGCAGGCAAGAUCUUUCCAAGUAACUGCAGCCGAGGCAAAGAAUGAACCCCAUGUGGUCACAGGUACUUUUACCGUAAAUCUAAUUCCUGCUCAUGUUUUAUUUGAUAUGGGUGUGAACAAAUCUUUUGUUUCACACGAGUUUGUUCAACACCAAUCAUUCAUAUUAACAAAGUUACCCAUGCCUUUAGAGGUAGAAGUAGGGGAAUUCCAAGUGGUGGUUGGGAUGGAUUGGUUGUCCCGCUACCACGCCAAUGUGAUAUGUUUCCGUAAGGAGAUACAAGUAACAUCUCCAAGCGAAAGGCAUGUCAUCAUCUAUGGGGAAAAGAGUUGCAACCCCAUAGUGUGCUCAAUGAUCGAAGUCCGUAAGCUCAUUCAACCUGGGUGUAGAGCAUAUUUGACUUACGUACGUGGUCCGGAGAAAGAGUCGCCAAAGGUUGAAGACGUACCUGCCAUACGAGAGUUUGAAGAUGUAUUCCCGGAGGAUUUACCAGGAAUACCACCCGAACGUGAGGUAGAGUUUAGGAUCGAACUAAUCCCAGGUGCGAAACCGGUGGCUAAGGCACCCUAUAGAUUAGCUCCAUCGGAACUUGAAGAGCUAAUAUCUCAGUUACAAGAUUUGCUUGAUAAGGGAUUUAUUUGA